GACAAUGGUUACAAAUACUAGCUCAAAAAAGAAAUUUAGCAAAUGCUUUAAGACGUUAUCUUGUAUUAACACCUAGUGUUAAUUCUUUGAAAUUUUUAGAUAAUGAAUAUGAAAAGAAAACAACUUCUUCAAAAAAGUUAAAACUUAAUAUUGAUAUACCUUCUAAGUUAAUUGUAACUAUAGUAAAUGAAAGUCAUGUGAGAGCUUUAGGACAAAUUACUAAAGCAAGAAUAA